AUGACAUGCUGGCCCACAGCUCUGAUCACUCUCUUGCGGUGGUCCGCGGAUGAGAAUUCUUUUCUGGCGAGAAUUAUUUCUGUUGCCCCCGCGCCACUUGUUCUUGAAUCAUCCGCCCCAGGCGUGGCUGGUGAUUGGGGCCAAGUCACCAAAGAAAGGCUCCAAAGGUUGGCAGGUUGGACCAUGUCCACUCGAUCUGGCGUGGCUGGUUCGCUGCCUGCUGUAUCCGUAGUCGAGGUAGGCAUGAAGGCGGUGGACCGAUUAGUUCGGAAAAGGCCCGAUCGAUUGAGCGAGGGAAAAUGUUCCGAGAGACGCAUCGAUUGGCCCGUCAGCAGUGUGGUCCUGGACUGGAACCUGACCGAGAAUAAGCUCUCGCCCGUCAAAGGGCUUACACCACCCCCAAUCGUCUCAGAGCCUCAGUAG